CUCCGCGUGCAGCCAGUGACUGCUGCUGUCUCGCGGCGUUUGGAGAUCUUGCACCCGCGCUGUAUGGAUGCUGAAGCUUCGGCGCUGCUCUAAACGCCACACGGAAUCAACAUGUCCAACCCUCCGCACGACCCGUUCUACUCGUCCCCUUUCGGACCGUUCUACCGGAGACAUUCACCGUACAUGGUGCAGCCUGAGUACAGAAUCUACGAGAUGAACAAACGACUCCAGUCCCGGACAGAGGAGAGCGACAGUCUGUGGUGGGACGCGUUUGCUACAGAAUUCUUUGAGGAGGACGCUACAUUGACCAUAGCCUUCUGCCUGGAGGAUGGACCAAAAAGAUACACAAUCGGACGGACCCUCAUCCCUCGUUACUUCAGCACGGUAUUUGAGGGUGGCGUGUCAGACCUCUACUACAUCCUGAAACACUCCAAAGAGUCCUUUCACAACUCCUGCAUCACUGUAGACUGCGAUCAGUGCACCAUGGUCACACAACACGGCAAGCCUAUGUUUACCAAGGUGUGUACGGAGGGCCGGUUGAUUCUGGAGUUUGCCUUCGAUGAUCUGAUGAGAAUCAAGACGUGGCACUUCAACAUCAGACAGUAUCGCGAACUUAUCCCACGGAGCAUUCUCGCCAUGCAUGCACAAGACCCUCAAGUCCUGGAGCAGCUCUCGAAAAACAUCACCCGCAUGGGACUGACCAACUUCACCCUUAACUACCUCAGGUACUGGCCUUUUGAAGCUGCAGAAGCUAAUUACAUGUUUCCCAGAGGACAAAAUAAGUUGUGUGUCAUUCUGGAGCCGAUGCAAGAGCUAAUGUCCCGACACAAGACCUACAACCUCAGCCCUAGAGACUGUCUAAAGACCUGUCUGUUUCAGAAGUGGCAAAGAAUGGUGGCCCCUCCAGCUGGACAUCCACAGAACUUCAAAACGGAAAUUUUCCCCACAAAUCACAAAAAAGAGCCCACUCGACAGACCACGACCAAGAGAAGAAAGAGGAAGAACUCCGCCAGCAGUGCGUCUAACAGUAGCCUUGGCAACAGCGCUGGCGGCAAGAAACGCAGCCCUGCCAACAACUUCAAUCUGACCAGCCAGGUACCUGAUGUGAUGGUGGUAGGUGAGCCCACCCUGAUGGGCGGGGAGUUUGGCGACGAGGACGAGCGUCUGAUCACGCGGCUAGAAAACACACAAUACGACGCCACCAACGGCCUGGACGACGACGACGACUUCACGAGCUCGCCGGCGCUCGGCAACAACGGCCCCUGGAACAGCAAGCCGCCCACGGGACAAGACAGCAAGCCAGAGAGUACGGCCUCGCAGCCCUCUCAGUAGGAGACAACACGCGCGACGCCCCAUGUUGUCUCCCGUCUUUCUCUCUGACCUCACUUUUUACCCUCGAUGAUGUAAAUCCCAUGUCAUGGUGUCAAUGAUGUCAUCCAGAAACUAAUAGUUCCAUUUUUUAUUUUGGGUAACGUUGAAGACUUCACAGACCAAACUUUGGCAGCAAUAUUUGCUCACUGGAUUUUUUUCCGAAAUGUCUAGCUAGGCUACAAAGCAGCGCAAGAAACGUGACUUUUGGAGGAACUUGAUUUUAUGGAGGCUGAAUGAGCAAUCUGAAUUAACAGAGACCUGAAUUUGGGACAACUUUAGCCCAAUAAUCAAUGUAAAAAAACGACCUGUCUCGCAGUUUGUCACACAUCUCCAUAGUGACUCCAGCUGGCAGCCACACUCGAUAUCAGCCAAUCGCUGAAGAGACGGUCAUGUUGACUGUCUUCUCACUGGAGACUGGAACUGCAGAGGCAUCCACUGAGACCAAUCCCUGAACAUUUGCAUUUUUAUUGGAAUUCGUUUGGCUAUUGUCUUUUUCCCUCUGCUUUCAAUUAAAAGUGAACCGGCUUGCUUUCCUUCAACACAACAGACUGUAAUAACUAAGACAGCUUGCGUCGAAAGAAAAAACAUCACCAGUUGCCAUUUACAGACUGUACUUUAAUUCAAAAAUUCCUGUUUGAUUUUCAAAGUCGAUGUGUUUUUUAUUCAUUUGUGAUUAUUCUGUACACUCCUUGUACUGUACCAUCCAGAUUAGGAGUUUCUUUAUUGACACGCAGGCACAUAUGAGAAGCAUAUUUGUCUAUCGUUCGCCUCUCUCCCUGUAUUGACUUAUUUUCAUAAUGGAAUAUGAUAUCUUUCUGCAUGACAUUUCAGAAUCGGUUGUUUAUUUCCAGACUUUUGAGGUCAUGCUGGACUUUGGUUAUCAAUUUGGAAGCACAGUAACCAGGGUUGUGACUUAGACAAUAAAAUGCAUUCUGCUUCAUCUGAUGUCACUGAAGUCAUCAGGCGUUGAUGUAAACGGCAGCUGUUUUGACGUUUACUAUUUGUUGUUUGACUUUUGUUUUUUAAUCUGAAAACAGAUUUCAUACUCAGGAAUGAACACCAUACUGAGAAUCAACAACAUUACAUAUAGCUUACUGUAAAUUCAGCCACAAAUAUACUGUUUAUUAGCUUUAUAACAUUCGUUGUGUCUAGCAUCACCCUACUUUUAACAGGAAACGGCCUUUUUAUCUUAAAAUCAUUAUUUAAAAAAAAAUGCAAUGCCCUUCCAGCCUCAGUUUUAUACAGCUUUGUCAUUUCUGUAGCUAAAAACACACUUUGUUUUUACAACAUUUUUUCAUAUACUGUUUAUUGGAUUUGGAAACGCUUCUUAAAGUUUCUUUAAGAGUUUUGCAGUGUGCUGUAAUGAUUUGAAAAGAAGAUUACAGUGAUUAUGAUGACAACCAAAUAUUUUUUCGUUAAUUAAUCAGUUUCUCUGUUCCUGUUUUUGUCAUUACAAAACAUUUCCUGAAUAUUAUCGCAAAGUCUAAGAUAUUUCGAAAACCAACAAAAUGACAAGACACAAUAUCAGCCACCCACCGUUUAAACCUUGUAUUAUUGAAACUCUGCACAGUUUGUAAAAUAUUUAGCAGAGCUGUUUUUUGUGUCAUAUCCAAAGUCUUGUAUGUAUGCUUUGCCAUUUUGUGUGCCAAUAAAUUGUGCUUACAAAA